AUGAAUGUUGAAAUUGAACAUGUCCAGCUUGGGUUCAUCAAGGAGCUAGAUAAUAAUAUAUGCGCUUUAAGAGUGCAGUCCAAUGUUCUUUCGUUCGCCUUGAAGACAGGCCUGAUAUUCCUUAUCAAUUUGGACACUCCAUCAGAAGUUUCCAAGUUCAGCAUUCCUUUGAUUACUGCAUCUAACAAUUCUGAGAAACUAAUUGAUAUGUGGAUGAAUCCCAACGGGAAACUGCUGCUUCUCAAGACUAACUUUGCCAAAUACUACCUAUGUGACGUUGACUUGAUGAGAGCAAGUGUGAAUAAGGGGUCAGCAAGCAGUAACGAUGGUAUAUACACCGUAAGGGAACUACUAAAGAAAAGCUGUGACAUCCGUGUUGUAAAAUGGCGUAAUAAUGAAAGCUUCUUAUGUGGUACGACCAGUGGUCAAGUAUAUCUAGUGGAUACACCUCGCAAAGGUGGCAAACGAAAGACGGAUGUAUCAAAUGUCUAUAAAUCCAGCGGCAAAAUCGAUGGCAUUCUGUGGAAUGAGGAAGGUCAUCUCAUCAUAGCAUCCGAAAGUAAGAUAAUGUAUUGGAGUAACGUUAAGCUAGGAAAGGAUAGCAAUUUUAGCCCGCCAUUGGAAACUGAAGAAUUCGAACCAUUACACAAAGAAUCUAGCAAGAAAUUUGACUCCCACGACGAUUCUUUUGCAUGGAUAACCAAUACUGGAAUCGUUUUUGGGAGCAUCAACAAUCGCGCUAAGGUUCUAAGCAAUGCUAAGGUCCUGCUGGCUGUCGAGCUCACUGAAUCGAAGUAUAGCAUAAGAGACAUAAUAAUGACUGAUUAUCAUAUCAUCAUAUUAAGGGGGUGGACCGUUACCAUCAUUAAUCAACUAAGCAACGCUAUAGUUUUCGAGGAAUCCAUACUUAGUGAAGCGGGUGAAAGAAUGAUUGGUCUAACGGCCGAUUACUCUCAGGAAACCGCCACUUUCUGGUGCUUUUCCAACGCUAACAUUUACGAAAUAAUCUUACACAAUGAAUCACAAGCGGUUUGGAAACUACUAUGCAAUCAGAAGGAGUAUGAUACAGCUUUGAACCUUAAGGGUCUUACCGGCUUAGUGAAGCAAACACUCUACUACGAAAAGGGAUGUCAUCUCUUAAAUGAAAAGAAGCCCAUAGAGGCAGCACAGUGUCUAGGUAAGUCAUCGGUUGCUACUACGGGAUCCAUUGCUUUGAAACUUAUGGACUCAGGUGAUGAUACAGAGUCGCUACAGAUUUUUUUGGCUACAAAGCUCGAUACCCUCUUGCCUCAACACCAAGUGCAACGAAUUUUACUUUCCAGUUGGAUUGUGUGGACCUUUAUGAAGCUGUUAAAUGAAGUUGAUGAGGAAAUGAACACGGAAAGACAUGCUGAUGCCUUCAAAGAGUUGAAUGAUAAGAAAGAAGCGAUAAUAAAUAAGUUGAAGCGAUUUCUAGAGAGUCAUUUAGACUGCAUAGAUAAGGAGACCAUUUACCAAAUCAUAGCCGAGCAAAACAGGAAGCAGGAACUUCUGUUUUUUGCAAAGUUAGUCAGAGAUUAUGAGUUCGUGCUUUCCUAUUGGGUUCGACAAGAGAAUUGGUAUGAGGCUUUGAGAACCCUCUUAGAAAUGCAAGAUCCUGAAAGCGUCUACAAAUAUGCAACUGUUUUGAUCGUUAACUCUCCAGAAUCUACUACUCAUACUUGGAUGAAAAUUGAAGGAGUAAAUCCUGUUGAGUUAAUUCCAUCUGUUUUGACCUACUUCACUAACUUGCAAAAGCAGGCGCAACCUACCGAUGGCCACACGCCCAAUUUUGCACUAAACUACCUAAUAUGGUGUAUUGAAGAGCAAGGGGCUGAUAGUCCGAUCAUGUAUAACACCGUUCUCUACAUGAUGAUCGCCCGAAAUAGUAGUGGUAAUGAGGCAAUUAACGAACUUGACGCCGUGAGGUUCCUGGAUACAUACGAAGGGAAGUAUGAUAAGGAUUUUAUCUCACGUCUCAGUGUUAGAUGCCAUAGGGUUGAAGUUUCGAUAUACCUUUACACUCAAUUUAAGUUAUAUGAGGAUGCUGUCACAUUAGCUUUAGAUAACAAAAUGAUAGAAUCAGCCAAGAUGGUAGCUAAAAACAGGGAACUGGAAAAUAAUCUGAAGCUAAGAAAAGUUCUUUGGUUGAAGAUCGCAAAGUCAAUGCUUACUCAAGAGGAGAACCAAGAUGUGAAGCAAACGAUUAGAACCAUUAUCGCAGAAUCUGACGAGACGAUAGAAAUAAGAGAUCUUUUACCACUAUUUGAUGAGUUCACAACGAUUGCGAACCUCAAAGACGAGCUAAUAAGAAGUCUGGAGAAACACGGACAAUCGAUGUCUCAAAUCUCUGAACAGAUUAAGCAUUCGAUGCACACUAAGAAGGAUAUAGUCAAAGACAUCGAGCUAUUCAAGGACAGAUUUACAAUACUGGAGCCUGGUGCCUCCUGUAGUAGUUGUCGAAAAGUGCUGCAGACAAGGAAGUUCUUGGUUUUUCCCUGUGGUCACUGCUUCCACACCGACUGUUUGAUCAAAGUGAUCUUGAACUCAAAUGAUUAUAAUUUAAAAAGCAAAAUUGAGAAUUUCCAACGCCGGCUGGCCAAGAAUAACAAAUCGGUCAAAACGGAGGAGCUAGAGUCACUUAUUACUACAAAGUGUUGUUUAUGCAGUGAUAUCAACAUCAAUACCAUCGAUGAACCAAUUGAAAUGAAUGAAGAAGAGGCAGAAAAAUGGCUUAUAUAG